GUAAGGCUACACGAUCCAAAUAAUUAAAAAUUCUGUGCAGAGGAAGAAACCAUCUUUAAGUGUUUCGACAGAGCAUUAUUUAUCCAUGUUCAGAGGUAAUCUGACUGGGAUAUUUCGAGCCACUGUACAGCAAAGACAUACAAAAGUGUUUUCAACUGCUUCUCAGGCUAUGAUGUCAGUCCAGCAAACAAUUACUGAAAAGCUAACAAAGGAGUUCAAGCCUGUUUAUUUAGAUGUAAUGAAUGAAAGCUACAUGCAUAAUGUUCCAAAAGGUAAGCUUUACAUUAAUAUCUCUUUGGGUCAACAGAGACACAGAUUGGUUAAUGAAGUCCUAAAGGAAGAGUUGGCAACUGGGGUCCAUGCUUUGUCAAUACAGGCCAAAACACCAGAACAAUGGGACGGUAGCACAAAGACAGUACCCAAAUCCCCCCCUUGUAUGGGGGGUAGCAAAAGAUGACACGAUACUCUAUUUAUGGAAGUUUGAGUCUGUAAAUGAAUGGACGUUUUUGUAGAGUUUUGUUAAGUCAAGAAUCUUUCUAUUUUGUAUUAAUUUAAAUUUGUACUUUAUUGUUACUAAAUGGUACCUUGUCUAAAGAACUAGCCAACAAACUUUAUUUGAUUUUCUGAGUAAGAAAAUGAUGAUUAUUAUAAAUCAGAGUUCUGUUUGGUUAAAGCACAAUUCCAACCAGUUUGAAAAAUUUUCUUUUGUAGACGACGCACAAGGCUAUAUUGCAUCAUUUCAUUGUUCAUCA